CCAGAAUUCCGCCGCAAGUGUCCAACUCCAUUGUACUACUACUACUACACUACUCGAGGUGGAGGCAACGUCUCCAGCAGUCCAACUCCUAACCCCAAACAAAGGUUGUUCAAAUGAAAAUGAGAGUAAUCCCAUUCUCAUCCUUUCCAUGGCGGGCGAGGCUAGCGUCGUCAUUUUACCCAUAACCCUAUCAGUGCACUUCUAAGGUAUAAAUUCAGAAACUUCUGGUCGGUCUGCGUGCUUUCUCCGGGCAAUACGGGAAGGUGGCGGCGAGGUAGCUAGCUUUCUCUCGAUCGACUUUCUCCAGGGUCACCAUCUUAAAUUGCAAACAUGGCGGAUGGAUCAAAGCAUCCAUCAGUUGUUCAGAAGAUAUAUGGGCAAUCCUAUCUUGUCACCAAGCUGUCUCCAGGCUUGCAAAGCAGGAAUGGGACUGCUAGUUUUUUUGACACUGGUUUCCAGUCUCCGCUCCAUUACACUAUGCAGGGAACUGGGUUGGCAGUUCUCCCCACCCAUUCCCCCAUCUUUGUUCAAGCACCCUCUGAGAAAGGCUUUGGUGCCUUUAUGAUUGAUUUCCUCAUGGGAGGAGUCUCUGCUGCGGUUUCCAAGACUGCAGCUGCUCCUAUCGAGCGUGUUAAGCUCCUGAUUCAGAAUCAAGAUGAGAUGAUUAAAGCUGGCCGUCUUUCGGAACCCUACAAGGGGAUUGGUGACUGUUUUGCGAGAACCAUGAAGGACGAGGGUGUGAUUGCCCUUUGGAGAGGCAACACUGCUAAUGUUAUCAGAUACUUCCCUACUCAGGCUCUGAACUUUGCUUUCAAAGAUUACUUCAAGAGGCUGUUUAACUUCAAGAAAGACAGGGAUGGUUACUGGAAAUGGUUUGCUGGGAACUUGAUGUCUGGUGGAGCAGCUGGUGCAUCAUCUCUUUUGUUUGUUUACUCCUUGGAUUAUGCUCGAACACGUUUGGCCAAUGAUGCAAAGGCAGCUAAAAAGGGUGGCGAGAGGCAGUUCAAUGGCUUGGUUGACGUGUACAAGAAAACUAUCAAAACUGAUGGCGUUGCUGGACUCUACCGUGGUUUCAACAUCUCUUGUGUUGGAAUCAUUGUGUACCGUGGACUCUACUUUGGCAUGUACGACUCUCUUAAACCUGUGGUUCUCACUGGUGAUUUGCAGCAGGAUAGUUUCCUGGCAAGUUUCUUGCUGGGAUGGGGUAUCACAAUAGGAGCUGGGCUGGCAUCUUAUCCAAUUGAUACCGUGCGAAGAAGAAUGAUGAUGACAUCAGGGGAAGCUGUGAAGUACAGCAGCUCGCUGGAUGCAUUCAAGCAGAUUGUCCAGAAAGAAGGCACGAAAUCACUCUUCAAGGGUGCUGGUGCGAACAUCCUUCGAGCAGUGGCUGGUGCAGGUGUGCUUGCUGGCUAUGAUAAGCUGCAGCUGAUCGUCUUCGGCAAGAAGUAUGGAUCUGGCGGCGGCUAAUUAGGUAGGUUGUGGGUAUACAAGGGGAUAGGGAGAGAGCAAUUAUGAUGAUGAGAAAUUAGAAUGCUUGUGUAGUAGGGGGGUUCUUUUCUAAAGUUUGAAUAAUUUUAGAUGGUCUCAAGUACUGUUUUGUCAUCCCAGUACGUAGUGUGGGUUUGAUGCUAUAGGGCCAUUGUGAUUAGACCUGGCAGCUGCAAAUUUUUGGGGUGUGGUUUUGUUGUGUCAGAGUACUGAGCUGAAUGGUUCCUCGUUUGGACCGUGGAUGAGAAUAAUAAUCAAAAUACGUUGUCUAAGAAGAGUUGCAUAUGUGCUU